AUGUACAACUGCACCUUCAUCAAGAUGAACGAGCUGAUGCCGAUUGAGGAACGACGGAAUGUGGCGUACGGAAUUGUCAUUGGACUACUGGCUUUCAUUUUUGUGGUGAGUUUUUAGUUGUUUUAUCAUCAUAACAAGACGAAAUUUGCAUAAAUCAUCUUGAUAGGCACUUUUCAAGGUUCUGGGUGCAAUUUCUUACUGAGGGGAACACUUGACUCAAAAUGGGUCAAGUCUUCCUCUGAAGAUAAAAUAGCUGAAAACAGCUUUUCAGAUUGUCAAAUACGUUUUUUUAAAAUUGAAACGUGAUAAAAGUAGAACAUUCCGCGGAGAGGAACACUUGACCCACAUUGGGUCAAGUGUUUCUUUUUGAAGCGAAUCGUCAAAAAAUCUUGCUACACCAGAACUAAGAUGUUUUUUAAGUUUCUGCAUCAAUACAUUUUAUGUAGUGUAAGUACAUAUCAGUACAACAACCUUUUCUCUACCCUUUUCAUACGUAUAAGUGCACCUCAUUCGAUUUUCGCUCCCAUUUCAACGAAACGACGCUCACUAGACGUGUCUCACGGGUUUCGGCACGACAUUUCCUUGUGUAAUGUUAGAAUGAUUUUACCAAUUGCCCAACUUUUAUAUAGCCCUUCCGUGACCGACCUCCAUGCCCGCGGGCGAGCGGCAAAAAACAAAGUCUAAAAGAGUUUUAACAAAAUUUUUAAUUAAACUUGAGCACGUUUUCGGCUAUUUUGAUUGUAAAAUAUUGUUUUACAAAUCCUAAGUUAGGCGGAACUUCGGACCUCCCAUGGAGAACAUGGAAAGUGAUUUCUGAUAUAAAAAUAUUAGUAGAUUAGCAAAUGUUGUCAGCAUAAAAUUCGGCAACUCUCCAAACACAUAUUUUCGUCAUAAAAAUCCAUUUAUGACGUCAUUUCCGGGUUUUAGGAAGGAGAGGAACACUUGACUCGUUGAGACAAGUGUUUCUCGACCGAGCAAAACAAAUGAAAAUUGAUUAAAAACACGAUUUGCGACACUAGCGGAUCAGAGAAACACCUAACAAGAAACGAGUCAUGUCUUCCCCGAAUGAGACAUGUCUUACUCUUGCAAAAAAACUCCCAUCAAAAGAAGCCACCACUCAUUUAUUACCUUUUCAGUGGCUCUACCUAUUCUGUCUCUACGCUCUGACUCGAAGAGAAGUCCGUGACAAAAGUUGCUAUAAGAUUAUGAUCAUGUUAGCCAUAUACGACUUGAUUACAUUGCCAACAACGGGGCUGGUCGCUGCAUAUCAAUCAAUUUCUGGAGUGACGUUUUGUGAUGCUCCGAUUACCUUCUACGUGAUUGGAAUGUUUACAUUAGGUAGGUAAAAUAUGACGAAAAAAUGAAAUUUUUGGGUCCCACCACGAAAACCUGAAAAUUCGUGAAGCAGCGGAAAAUCAACUUCUUAUUUAAUUUUCUGCAACUCCUGUCAAAUCUCACUAAAAUUUUUGUACCUAAUUCAUCGUAUUUUAGGCGCUUGGAUGGGCUACACAUACGCUACGGUGAUCUUGGCGCUAAACCGAGUUUUCUUCACCUCCCGAAUCCGAGAAUACUUUGACGGCACGUACAUAUACGGCUGGCUAUGUGUGCCGUUGUUCUUCUCAUUAUACGCCAUGUGGUCGUUCCAUCCCGCAAUAUACACGCCAAUUGUUGGCGGGUACAUUUUCAAUCCGUUCACUGGGGUUUUGGAUGUCGGAGACGACCAUUCAGUAAGUUUUUUGGGGCUGAAAUACCUUUGAUUCACCGCUUGCGACGUUCUUUUCAUCGGAAUCACGGAAUUUUUACUCGGCAUUGCAGUAAAUGCAAAUUUGGAGCGAGAGGAAGACUUGACUCGAAAUGGGUCAAGUGUUUCUCUGACCGCAAAAUUGGAGGAAUAAUAGGAGUAGACGCUUUAAAAUACGAUUUUUGCAUUAUUUCCGUCAAAUAUUGCUGCAAUAAUGACAAUUAACACAAAGCUGGUCAAGUGUUUUCCCGAGUUCAAAAAUAAUUCCAACCCUAAAAUUCACUGUUACAGUAUGACAACCCGCAGCACACUGUCAGCAACUUUGCGUUCAUCAUGGGCCUGCCUUCAAUUUACUUGUACUUCUACUUGAAAAACAAAUACUUCCUGAAGAAGGGAAUGUCCGCCGGAAACAGCACUGGAAACACGGAAAGGGAACGUAGUGUAAGUGGAGCAAAAUUUAUAAAUAACUUUCAAUUUGUUGUGCCUAAUCCUAACUUUUCAGUUAUUCAUCCAAUGCGUGCUGCUGAGCAGUUUGGUGUGCGCUGCAACCGUUGGCUACACACUCAUGCAAAUUAUGCCCGUCCCAACAUGGUACAUUUGCUUGUCGCAUUUCCUGUGGGUGGUUAUGCAAGGUAAGACCAAAUUAAAGUUUUAGAAACCACGGCCUUUUCAGGCUGCCCUCCAAUCAUCUUCCUCACCAUGAACAAGACAAUUCGGAAUAUUUUGUGGCGCAGUAUCAGUCCCAAGAAUUUGUCGACGGUGGGACCGGCGUCCAAUUCUCAUGGAUCCACCGCCAAGGUCUCGAUCCGGAAAUAA